CAGUGUGUUUGACAUUAUAUGCCUUUAUACCUGCCAUGCAACAUUGUUCAGGUGCCAGUAUUGGUAUAUGGCAGGCACACAUACCUGCCAUGCAACAUUGUUCAGGUGCCAGUAUUGGUAUAUGGCAGGCACACAUACCUGCCAUGCAACAUUGUUCAGGUGCCAGUAUUGGUAUAUGGCAGGCACACAUACCUGCCAUGCAACAUUGUUCAGGUGCCAGUAUUGUAUAUGGCAGGCACACAUACCUGCCAUGCAACAUUGUUCAGGUGCCAGUAUUGGUAUAUGGCAGGCACACAUACCUGCCAUGCAACAUUGUUCAGGUGCCAGUAUUGGUAUAUGGCAGGCACACAUACCUGCCAUGCAACAUUGUUCAGGUGCCAGUAUUGGUAUAUGGCAGGCACACAUACCUGCCAUGCAACAUUGUUCAGGUGCCAGUAUUGGUAUAUGGCAGGCACACAUACCUGCCAUGCAACAUUGUUCAGGUGCCAGUAUUGGUAUAUGGCAGGCACACAUACCUGCCAUGCAACAUUGUUCAGGUGCCAGUAUUGGUAUAUGGCAGGCACACAUACCUGCCAUGCAACAUUGUUCAGGUGCCAGUAUUGGUAUAUGGCAGGCACACAUACCUGCCAUGCAACAUUGUUCAGGUGCCAGUAUUGGUAUAUGGCAGGCACACAGUUUAUUGUACACUAACAUUCAUUUAUUAAAAACUUUAAACAUGCCCUAAUAUUUACUGAAAUCAAAUAUAAAAAAUAGACAAUUAAAUGUGAAAUAAAUUUGCAAGACACUAAUCACCAGUUAUCUUCUUGAAUGCCCACUCUGACCCACCUCCAUGAUCAAGAUUAGUGGGUGCUCUGUAUGUAGCAUGAAUAAAUAGAAGGAUGAGAGGACUGAACCAUGGUAGACAGUACAGAAUCAGACUGUUAAUUUACAGACCACAGUUUGAUCCCCUCAUCCACCCUUCUGUUUAUUCAUUGAUG